AAUUGCAAGAAGUUUCACUUCUAUUACACAGAUUCGAUGCGUGCGUUUUUUUUCUUUUUUCAGGUCAACCAUUUUCCUGGUGCAUUUCAUAUGGGAAGAAAAGAUCGCCUUUGGCAACAUAUAAAUGAAAUGAUCUUGCUUUGGGGUAUAGAUGAGUAUCAGUUAAUGCCAACUACAUAUAUAUUACCUUCUGAAUAUGCUAAAUUGAAAAUAUAUCUUCGACAUUCUCUGCGAGACGUUAUUGUCAAACCCGUAAUUAACUAUGCUGAAAGCUCAUUGCUUCUUGAGAUAUUAUUUUAUCAAAAGGUAGUUAAGAAGUGCCUGUCUAAAAUGUUGUAUACUUUUGACUGUGCCAGUUUUUGUUACGAUGAUGAUAUAUUGAUUGAUAUAUUGCAGCCAGCUUCGGCCCGUGGCACUGGUAUAACCAUAACAAACCAAAUCAAAGAAAUACCCGAAAAGACCUCGCUUAUUGCUCAACAUUAUAUUGAACGGCCAUUAAUCAUAAAUGGUGCGAAGUUUGAUUUACGCCUUUAUGUUUAUAUUACUUGCCUUGAUCCACUCCGAAUUUAUUUUUAUCGCGAUGGGCUUGUACGUUUUGCAAGUGUACCGUAUGUUUUUUUACCAUUAGCUUUCUUUUUAUCCUUUUUUCUACUUAUGAGCUGUGAGAAUUAA